AUGGCCGUCGCAGAGUACACAGAACUUUACAUCUCCAACAUGUGCAAGUGGGAUGUCAAGUACGAUGCCAAGACCAACGAGCGCAAGGCGCUAGUCGUCAAGGACUGCGGCGACAAGACCUGUCCAGCAUCGGCAGCCCAUCAUAUAACCCACCGCGGAUUGGAAAUCCUGCGGAUGCGCAUAAAACCGGACCUUGACGGAAAGGCCACUGCUAGCAGUGGAAAGACGCGCCGUGAGAAGAGACCACAGUUUGUCUCUUCUCCAACUCCCCUUGAGGGUUUUAGCAGUCACUACCGAAUUUUCGAGUCAAACCCCGACAUCAUGAAGCAUGUCGCGGGAGACUGGUGGAGAAGUUGA